GCUGAUUGGCUGAUGUCGUUGUCGCAUCAUCCCAUCUUCGCCUAUAAAGAAGAAGGGACGGCGUGGACACUCACACUCAACUGAGUAAGCAAAACACCCCUGCAGCUCCACCUUCUCCUGGUGUUCACUCAAUCACGAUCUCUGCAAUGGCCGGCAUCACCUCCCGCUUCGUCGCCCGCACCCUCACCUCCAUCCAUACCACCCCAGCUCUGCGCUCCUCCACCAGGGCGAUCUCGAGCUUCAAAGGGCUACAGAGCCUUGCCCAGCCAGGAAGGGUUCCGUCAGAGGAAGUGGAGGAGGUUGGCUUCGUGAGGCAACACCUGAAUGCACUUUCCUUCUGGCACGAAGAGUCAGAGAAAAUGUUGCAGAUGAGGCUCACUCCAGACAGUGAGACCAACACCAUCCAGGAGAAGCUGAGGGAAGAAGUGGUGGAGCUUCUGGAGGAGAUGGUGGACACUAGUGUGAUGGACGCCCGCACCGGCUGGCUCUCUGAGUCUCACCGAUGAAGGGCAAUUCUUGAAGCUUCGUCCCAGCCAUCCCCUCUCGUCCCAGUUUACUGUCCCCUCCCCAUCUCCUUUUUGUUCAGUGCCGUCCUGUAUAGUCCUGACUAUCGGAGUUUUCUUUUUCCAUGUUAUUUCUGUUAUUCGUAAUCGACAAAGGAGCAAAGUGCUCCUGCUAACCAAUAUAUAUAUAAAUAUAUAUAUAUAUAUAUAUAUAUAUAUAUAUAUAUAUAUAUAUAUAUAUAUAUAUAUAUAUAUAUAUAUAUAUAUAUAUAUUUUUUUUUUUAUAACUUUUGACAAGUUUGAGACAAGAUACGGCCGUGGCGCAAUCAUCUAAUCUGCGUGAAGACAAAUGUUUGUAGAACUUGAAGUGAAAAUGAUGGACUGAAUUGUGAUGACAAUAAAAUGAUUUUUUUUA